GCAAUUCUGAAGCGGAAUUUAUUCAGAACAAAGCUUUCAAACUCAUUUUAACCUCGUCUUUCUCGAAAAGUGAAAGCAGGUACAACGACCAGCUAUGUUUGUAGUUCUUCGUCUUCAGGGUCUAAAUAUCGAAGCAGGUCCCGAGGACAUACGCACAUUAUUUCAUGGCUUACAAAUCAUCAAAGGAGGAGUACACAUCACCGGUGGCAAGACUGGCGAAGCUUUCAUUAUAUUUCUCACCGAGAGAGAUGGCCGCCUAGCUAUGCAGAAAUCUGGAAGCUUACUCAAAGGAUCACCGGUUACACUUCAGAUCAGCAGCUUUGAUGAGUUUAAGCAAAAAAUGAAAGUUGGAAUUCAAAAGUCGAAACGGAAACGCCCCAGUGUUGAAAGUGAGCAUGCUGCUCAAACCCCAACCACAGAACUUUGCACUGCGUUGCUGCUCGGUGCGGUGGCUGCCAUCCAAAGUCUACAGUCGAACAACCCAGUCAGUCAGUGCCAGUCACCCCCAGUCAAGCUGCCUAAUUCACCAAAGAAAAUAAAUCAACUCGUGGACCAACAAGCAUCCCAAGUACGGAAAGAUCCAGUCAGGCUACAAGAUGAGGAGAGUCAGAAAGGACCAAGCAAUUCCCAUUCCAAGCGGGGUUACCUUCGCCUGUAUGGACUCCCAAGCACAGUCACCGAACUCGAAGUCCGCCAGUUUCUUGCAGGAUUUUCAGUGGAGGAUGUCGUAGUGAAUGCCUUUCACGGUCAGGACCGGUGUUGUCUAGUCGAGAUGACUAGUUUUGAGGAAGCUGAGAAAGCUAAGCGUGCAAACAGGAGCUUCAAAGACUGUCCAGUUGAGGUCAGACUGGCACAUGAGAGGAUGUGGACAAACGCCAGAGAAGGACGUGAAAAUUCUCCAUGUUCAUCAGUCGUUGGGCAGAAGAGAAUCUCUCCUGGUAGACAACCUCCACAUUCCCCAGUCAAAAGACACCGGUCACUUUCAGGAUCUCCAAAACGCUGUAGGUCUGAAUCUCCGUUUGGUACAGAGUACUGCGUCAUGGUGAAGAACCUUCCUACACACAUUACAAAAACUGAAAUAAAAGAGCUGUUUUCAUGUCCUACCAUUCCACACCAAAAAGUCUUACAUCUUCUAAACAAGUGGAAACAACGAACAUCCACCGCAUUUAUAAUAUUUACACAUCCAGAAGAAUACGCCUCUGCUAUGAACAUGAACGGAAGCCGUUUUAACUCACAAAUUAUUGAAGUCUCAUCCAUUACCAAAGAUAAAAUGAAAGACUUGAUACACCAUAACAGAUUUACAGAACCAUCAACGUCAGCUUGCUCUGGUCUGUCCUGUAUUUACGCCAGAAAUUUUCCUGCUGACGUAAAGAGAGCUGAUGUGAAGGGCUUUUUCUGCAUGUAUGACAUCUGCGAGAACGACAUCGAACUGCUUAAAGAUAAAAAUGGGAAUGGAAUUGGGGAGGCAGUUAUACAGUUUGGAAGUGAGGAGCGUGCUAGAAAGGCUUGUGGUCUACGUGGAGAACUGUUCAUGGGAGAACAAAUUCUGCUUACAUGCAUUUCACCACAGCAAAUGAAAGAUGCCUUAAAUAAACCUCAGUGAGCUUGUUCUUCACAACCUCUGAUCUUCUCGUCAUUCAAUUUUUUAAGCAUUAAUCAGAAAUCAAGGACCUGUAAAUAAGACUUAUAAAAUACUGAUGUUUCAGUAUUAUUUACAUGUAAAUGUAUUGUACAUAAUUCAUAAA